CCUGCAACAGAGACGACAUACUGGUGGUAUGUAGCGACAUUACCUCCCUUGACCAAGAAGCAUCAUAUUAUCAAAUAUGAAGGCGUGAUACAGUCUGGACAUGAAAAUCUUGUGCACCACAUGGAGGUGUUUCACUGCGAAGUAAAAGCCAAUGAAAUUAUACGAUUUUUCAAUGGGCCUGGCCUAGCUGAGGGGAAACCCCCAGAGCUCGAGGCGUGCAGGAAAGUAAUCGGUGCAUGGGCAAUGGGAGCGACGGCAAUGGUAUUACCCGAGGAAGCGGGGUUUCCGCUAGGUGGCGCUGAUUUUUCACGAUAUGUGCUAUUGGAGGUUCAUUAUAACAAUCCAGAUAAAGUAGCAGGCAUGAUAGACGCUUCAGGUAUUCGUUUCUAUGUGACGUCGUCGUUACGUCAUUAUGACGCCGGAAUUAUGGAGCUAGGUUUAGAAUACACAAAUAAGAUGGCUAUUCCCCCAAGGCAAGACAACUUCUCUUUGACCGGCUAUUGUAUCGCGGAAUGUACGAAAAAGGGGUUGCCGCCAGAAGGCAUUUUCAUCUAUGCAUCUCAGCUGCAUACCCAUUUGACGGGACGCCGCGUUUACACAAAACACGUGCGUAAUGGCGUCGAACUUCCGGAAUUAAAUCGAGACAAUCAUUAUAGUCCACAUUUUCAGGAAAUCCGGAGACUUUCGACUCCUGUGAAAAUUUUGCCUGGCGAUGCUCUUAUAACAACAUGUGAAGACAGAACAACGGAUAGAGAAAAUGCUACUAUAGGUGGUUUCGCUAUAACAGAUGAAAUGUGCGUUAAUUAUGUGCACUAUUACCCAUCUACCAACCUUGAAGUGUGCAAAAGCUCUGUUUCUACACGAGCUUUGAAGGAGUUUUUUUCCUUUAUGAACAAUUGGGAUUUUGACAAAACCUCUCCUGCCAAGGGAGAUAGAGCUAAUUACCAGUCCAUUAGAUGGACACCACUAACAACGCUCUUGCUAAAGACAAUGUAUAUGACGUCACCAAUAUCAAUGCAGUGCAAUCAGUCUGAUGGAAACAGAUUUCCGGGAGCAUGGGAAGAUGUACAAUCGACAAAAAUACACCAAACACUGGUAUUGCCUACAAGACACUGCAAAGGAUACAAACAAACCCUCUAAGCAACAAAACUGACAACAACAACAACCGCAACAACAGCAUCAUCAACAAUAAUAACAAACAACAACAACAAUAAAAGAAAAACUUUAAUUGUUAAGACAGCAUGUAUCUUCUAUACAUGAGCUUGUAAAGCUUUGAUCUAUACAAAAAAAAACAGUGGAAGAACGACUCUCCUUGUCUCAUCCCGUCUCCAAUGAAAAACAGUUGUUUUUUUAUUCCAUUGAAAGUUUUAUUACAGUUAUAGAAACAGGAACACUUUCCUUUUAUAAAUCGUAUUUGAAAUUCAAUUGCACACACAUGAUGGAAAUCAUUCAUGAAAAAAUGAUAUUGUUUUACAAUAAAAUUGAUAUUGUAUUAUCAAUUUGAAAACUAAACUUGAUUAAAGAUAUACUAUGCCAAACAUUUAGUAAAAUAUUUUCAUCGAAGAAAUUUAUUAAAGCCUAUGAAAUUCUCACUGAAUAUUUUAAUAGUUCUUAAUAGUUUUGACAUAUCAACUUUGUGUGAAGGCAAAGCAUGU